CAGUUGUCUCCAACCAUCAUGGCCCCAAAAACAAAACAUGCAGAAACUGACGUGACCGACGACUGGGUGCGGAUUACUAGUGAAGACGGGUACACAUUCCUUGUUCGUCGCCCCGUUGCGAAUGCGAGUGGAACAAUGAGCGACAGUCUUGAUACCGAGGGUAACUACGCCGAGGCGCUCGCGCGACACGUCCCUAUCCAGCAACGAGCCGCGAUCGUGGACAAGCUGCUUGACUACAUGCUCUUCAAGGCGCACUACAAGGACCCGGCGGCAAGUGAAGAUGUACCCGUUCAUGAGUUACUCGAACGGAUUACCCCGGAAAUUGUCCUAGAACUACUUUUAGGCGCAGAUUAUCAAAACAUGUAA